AUGUUGCUAUGUAUUGCAAUCCCAUUGGCUUUAUGUUGCUACUCUUCUAUCAUACCGCAUCUGGCACAUUGUAUACGUGGCUACGCUCAGCCUCCAGGAUUAGAACAUAUCUCAGCACCUGGAUUGCUCGCCCAAAGAGACAACUUGACGAAUCAAAAACUGGCGAUAUCUUUCAUCUCCACUCCAUAUGGACGACAUGGAUCCCUUGAUGUGCGAUGCAAAAGUAAGCGCAAGGGUAAUGUCGAAUCGCCGGGCAAACAUAGUCAUGUAACAACACCAAAAAAGUACCAGAAUUCUAACAGCCCUAAACAAGAUAGGAAAGCUAACAAAGGUGGCUAUUGGGAUUCUGAUGAUGAAUUUGGCAGUUUCACCGCACAGAAUCAUAUUCCCAGGUCCUACAAAAAAGGUGACCAAGAAUCUAUGCCGUAUAGAGGGUACAAUAACGCUAAUAAGCGACGACCAUUGUAUCAGAACACCGAUCUAGACUAUGAGAAACGCCCUAACAAGGGCCACAAUCAUGAGGUCGGCUCGAAUAAUCGAAAGGAUUACAAAAGUAAAAACGAAAACAGUAGUUAUGGAUUCGAUUUUGGUCGUAAUUCGACACGCAAUGACCCCAACAGGUGGCUCAUUAAAGGCUCACCAGGAACUAAACCAAAAGCUUUAGAUGUACCUCCAUCGUCCAAUAUAAGGGACACAUUCGUGGAACCUCAGGUGUUUAACGAUACUAGACGUAAACCGAAUCGCGGAAGCAAGAAAGCGUCCCAUGUAUAUAAUGAGGAUAGAUAUUCUUCUUCCAGCUAUUCUACGCGUAAUUAUGAUCCGCAAUAUCGUGGCGGUACAAACUAUCGGCAGGACCCAACUGCAGGCAUAUCCAUGUAUAACCGACGUAUGGCACAAGAGAACCAGAGAUUGUUGCGUCUAGCUACAGAAUCGGUCAACCCUUUGUUUCAGAAGCUGGCACACAGCAACCAGAAGAACCAGAAAUUGGACAUACCACCAACAUUAAAGCCCAAAAGUGCACCAAUUAACAAUAGGUUAAAGACCUUCGGAGAGAAGGGUAAUGUAAAGGGUAAUAGUGUGGUACAACCUAAAGGGAAGCAAGGAUCACAGCCUUUGGAUACUGGUGAUCUCCAAGCAUCGGAUCACAGCAAGGCUCUAGACAUAAGUGCUAGUGAAUUCAAUUCUUUAACUCUGGAUGUUCCUGGAAUAAGGUCGCUUAAAUGUGGCAAAAAUGUAUCCCCGGUCAAGCAUUCUGGUACUUCGACUGCUAAGCUUGAGGAGAAGCUCCAGCAACUUAAAUCAGCUGGGUUCAACGGAAUAGUUGACAUGAACUCACUAUUUCACGUAACACCGAAUGUUUUUAGCGAAUCAAAGGCAUCAAAGUCAUCAGAGUUGUCUAAUGCCGACUUCUCCUCCUUGGGUAUACGCAAUAAUGCCCUUAUAAAAGCUCUGGAAAAGAAGGGAAUAACCCAAACUACCAAUACACAGAGCAAAUAUAUACCUGUGAUUACAUCAUUUUUGGUCAAGAGCCAUGAAAAAUAUGAGCCCGUUCGUAGCGUGUCAGUCCAUGCACCUACAGGCUCAGGUAAAACGUUGGCGUAUCUAUUGCCGCUCUUAGAUCGUGUGCUCCGCUUGGAUAUACCAAAAGUCACCGGAGGAAUGGAAAGUUUGCCUGAAGAGGGGGAUAUGUUACGCUACAUCGAUUCGCUGUUCACUGAAAACGUGGUAAUCCUUACCCCGUCCGUUGAGCUCUCGGUUCAAAGCCAUAUGGUACUUAAGGAGUUGUAUCAGACGUAUGAUGCUGUUUCUGAAGAUGUUGAGCCGUCGGUAUCUACAAAAAAGAAAACGGCUGGACCAAUUAUUACCAAAACUUUGGAUCCCUUUCGCGCCGUAGGAGCCAAACUCCUGGGAAAGGUUGCCAUCCCUAUGGAUAAUAGUCAGUCGAAUGCCCCCGAUGGCGCAGAUGGUGAGGAAGAAUCCUCUGUGACACCGUUCAAGGUGGUUGCGGAUAUCAAGCCUGUCCUGCUAAUCGGGAAAGCUAAUGUGGCUAACCAAAAACGCAUCUUGAAGGAUCUCCGCAAACAACAAGAACAGUUACGUAAAGAGGCUAUUGAUGCUAUCAAGUCAUUUUACAAUUCGGCAAAGAUAUCUGGAACUCCUAAUCUGGUUAAACCUGUUGAGUUGCGUCGUAUGGUUGGUUUCAUGUUUACUACGCCAGGUCGUGCGCACUCGCUAUGGCAAAAUCAUAAGUUACUUGAUCUCAAGGGUACGAAGUACUGUGUAAUUGAUGAGUAUGACAGUUUCCUACAACUAAAGCGUUCUGUCAAAUCAGAUUCCGGCGAGACUACUACCGAGUUGGAGAACCCUCAAGUCAAGGAAGUUAUAGAUGUAAUGUUAACAGGUCGUUCAAAACCAUCGCCUGGUAAGGAUACAUCUUUGGGUGACAAGACCGGUAAAUAUAUUUUGUGUCUCUCUGCAUCCAGGUUGACCGAUGCCCCUUCCUGUUUUGGUAAGCUAGGUACUAUGUUAAAGAACUCUGAGGACACAACGAAUGUGGACCCUACUAUAUCGGCUACAUCGAUUUUAACAGAUGAGGAUGGCGAUACGGAUCAGCAAGGUGACGCGGUACCUCCUCCAAACAUUUUGCACACAAUGGCGCUGUAUAGUGUCGCUGAUGCGAAGCUUGCUUUACUACGGAAGAUUUUACACGCUCAUCCUUUUGAGAAGUCGGCACUGGUGUUCUGCGACUCGAAUGGUACUGCGCAAUUCUUGGAAUCUUAUUUGGGUGGGAAGUUCCCUUCUGCGGAUGUAACGUUGUUAAACUGUCGUCAAACCAAACUCGACCGUAAAAGGUCUUUUCAGAACGUACUACAAUCAAAUUUGUCUGGAAUAUUGACUGCUCAAGGUCCCUCACGCAAAGCUGGUAGUACCCCGGUACGGAGCAUUGUGAUAUCUACUCAACUGAAUUCGCGUGGCAUCGAUUUCAGUGGGUUCAGUCAUGUGAUACACUAUGACCUUCCUCAUGACGUAACUUCUUAUCUACACAGAAGUGGUCGCAUAGGAAGAGCCGGUAACCCCGGCAUAAGUAUAUCGCUUGUUGAAUACAAACACUUACCGGUGUUCCUUAGGGUGAUCUGUAACCGUUUGGGUACCGUGGUACACCCAGUGGAUGUAUUCAAGGUGACAAUGGACGUAUUUCCAACUGACGCUUCCUUUUUCCGCACUGCGGAAUAUUGGGGCCGCUUUUAUAGCAACCCUAAAUUGAAGGAUUUUGAUUGGUAUGGUACCCUAGAUGAUUUUCUAGAAAGUUUCAAUCGCAGUUUGUCCAGCAAGGUACCAUACGAUGCUUCAGCCGGAUUUACUCACAUCCCUGGCGAUUGCAUAAUUAUCAACGUUGGUUGUGGAAAUUCAGUACUACCUUUCAAGUUGUAUGAACUUGGAUAUCGCAGCUUAUACAAUUUGGAUUUCUGCCCGGCGGUAUUAGAUGAGAUGCGAUUGAAAGAUAAAAAUGGAUCGAUGCACUGGGUUGACAUUGAUGUUUCCAAUGAAUCUUACGAAAAGUUUGGGCAUGAUAUUGCUACUAAAUUCCACGGUCAUCCAAAGGUGAUAAUUGACAAGGCGUUUUUUGAUGCCUAUAUCUCAAUUGGGGAGAACGAAUCGCAAACUAUCACUCGUGAUCGUGCACGUCGUUACAUCAACUCUACAUUAUCUUUCAUGAGCGGCGACGAUGUGUUUGUGGUCUUUUCUUUGGCGCAAGAUUAUGUGGUUGCUGAGUUGGUGCGCAAUUUGUUGUUCAAGGACCUGUAUGUGGAUAUAUAUCCGCUAUACAGUUCAAAUUCCACAAAGGCGCAUAUGAUCCAGUUUCUAUUUGCGAUAUACAAGAAACCGGCAGGUAGCAAUACUCUCAAAAGUUCUACUCGAAAACAGUGUUUGAUGGUAGAGAUGCCUCAUCUCCCCUUGGAGGAGUUUGAACUGGGAGCGUUACCUAAGCGGGUGAGAACGGCCAAAGGUGCCGUUUUUCUUGGCGCAAAUAUGCAUGAAUACAGUGCAGGACGUCGUGUAACAUUUGAUAUUUAUCCUACUGAUUUUAAUAGGGAGGUGUGCUUUGCUGCCGCAGUAUAUGACUGCGUAUCUUGCGAAAAUGCUCCUAUACCAACUGCUGCAAUCAUCGUUCCUACUGCACAGGAGCAUUUGUGGCAAUACGCAUGUUCAGAGGGUAACGAGGAGUUGGCUUGUCAAGCUGGGGCUCGUCGUGUAAUCGUAUUAUGGUUGAAGUUCAGCAGUUCUGAUAAAGGGACUUCAAUCCCUGGAGAGCCAAGGUCAAACAUGGGAUUUGUGAACCCUUUUGACGCUUGUUUUGGAGAUGACGUCCUUUUGCGUUAUAUCCAGGAUAAUAUGAGUGACAUUCUGUUGAGUUUGUCAUUAAGUGGUACCCGUCGUGUUACAAUUUUAAAGGCUGGCGAUUCAUGCGCUGUACGUGCACCACGUCGAGUGGGCUCCUCUGUCUAUGCUGGUGACAUAGUGGUACAAGAGGUGUUGCAUCCAUCCGAUAGCGAGUUAGUACCCGGUUAUGAAGUAUUAACACGUCAGAUGGUUUUUUCAUGUAGCCCACAAAACGUGCAAUCUGAGGUUCGAUACUAUCUGGAUGAUAAUGGAAUCGAGGUGUAUUUGGAAGGCCGUUUACCUAACGAGUACGUCACUGCGAUGUUAUUGUCUAUGGCGUUCAUACCGUCUGGGGAGGGCAUCCUGGCAGUAAUGGGUAGUGGGUCUGGCAACUUGCCACGUCUAUUGCGUCGUGUUUUUGUUAAUAACCCAGUACACGCUAUUGAGAUUGAUGAUGCAGUAAUGCAUAUAGCAAGGUCACAUUUUGGCUACUCUCCUGACGCUGUCGUUAAUAUCGAGGGAGGGAAGUUAUCACCCGUACCUGGCGAUGACGUGGGUCUGCUCCACGUUUCCGGUGACGCUUUAGAUUACGUGGACUGCGUAUUGGAAUACAAAGUCUCAUCUAUCUUUAUUGACAUAAACAAUGUGCUUGAUGCCACCGAUGACAGUGUGGUUGAUUUGGAUAUUCAGGGAAAGAACUCAUUGAUGUCACCGCACCCGAAGCUAUUGGGACCAUCGUGGCUUGCCAAAGUGGCAACACUGCUAAAAAGGACCCAUGGUAUGCUGGCAAUCAACGUUCUGACACGUUCUUCCAAAGUGUUGGAGGCUGUAUUAUCUCGAUUAUCGUCGGUAUUUGCCUGGGUAGGCGUGAUCACAAUGCCAUCGGAUAUUAACAAGGUGGUUGUAUGUCUAGAUCACGAACCAUUGGACGCUAGUGCACGCUUUGAAGCAUAUGCAUCGACCCUUGCUGAAAACUCCGCAAUCGGUCUAUAUGCUCCACACGCAUGGUGUAGCGAAUCACUUUCUGUUUUUUCACAGUCAUAA